AUGCUCGGUGGGAGCAUAAACUUUUCUUUAUUACAAAAUCAUCCAGUCGUAAAUUCCGUUGCUGUUCAAUUGAAAAAUCACAUUUCUCAAUGUAUUCGGGAGCUUGAAACCUCACUAACUUUGGAAAGGGGUUUUAGUGCUUUUAUGAAUCCUGAACCUUAUUCAAUAAUAGAACAAGAUGCAGAUCGUCUUGACUCACUUUGGCCUACUUUGUGUAUGUUAUCUUCCAAAAUUGUUCCUUUCUGGCCAUCACAAAGUAAAACGGAUUUAAUCGGCUUUGUUAUUGACAUUUUCCUGGAAUUCGUUGCCUCCUGCAAAAAUGAAGGGGUCCUUCUUCGCUUGAUGUGGUCUCUUGAUCGCGGAAUCGAGAGCGGCAUUUUUUCUCCACAGCUUAUUGCUGAAGCUUUGCUUUCAAGACGCGAGUUGGUCCCUGAAAAUCAGCUUUUUUUUCGUGCCGUAUUUACCUUCCUCCUUAAACUCGUUUUUUACUUGGAUUACAAGAGCAAUCGUAUGGUUUUCACUAAAAGCAUUGAUAAAACAUACCAUGGUAUUCCUAGCUUAUCAGGAAUACCCUUCCGAAAUCCGGCCAUUGAGUUGGUUCAAAUUCUUUUGUGUCGCGAAAUCAACCUUCUACCUGCUCUCUUCACAAUGUAUGAGCUACGUGGUGAGAAAAGCUCUCGACCCAGCAAACUUAUAGAGACUGAGGUUGAGCAUUUCAUGUCUGAAUUUGACUAUCCUCUACGAAUUCUUUACUCUUACAAUGAAUUAAAUAGGGUACCGAUCGCGGGAAUAACGCAAGCAAAGCAUCCGUCUUUUCGACUAGAGUCUGAAUUGACAUUGUCUAUUUUACGUCAGCCCAUUCUCUAUCCUCCUGCCUUUAAGUCACGUCAGUUGGAACUUACUUGUGACUUACUUGGCCAGCUGCGUUGCACUCAGCUUGCUUCUUCCCUCCUAGCUUGUGAGGAACGUCAAACUAUGGGACCCAACCAGACGCCCAUGGGACAGGCUGUUGGUGACUUGAUUUUUGUAUUUAUGGAGACCAUUGAAACAAAGAAGAACACCAGAUGGGCGGUUAGAGUAUUUAGCCACUUGGCAAACCUUGUCAUUAGUUUCAUCCUUGAUCGUGUUGUGCGCCUCAAUGACAUUAUCUCUAACCUUAAUUCAAAGAUUGCUGGGAGAGUUUGGCCCAUUUCUCGACAUUUUGUCAUGUGGUUUACGCUUGUUUGCAUGUCAGGAUUCGUUGGAAGUAAUAAGCUGACUGAUUUUGUCUCGUGCCUUUACCUAUUUGAUCAACUUUUUCCGGAGGCUUAUGAAUUCGACAACGAUACAGUAGGGCGUUUGGAGGAGCUUAAAUCCGGUCGGCUGGAAUUGUGGGGCUCAAAAAAGCGCCAGCUUAUCAAUACCAAAACUCUUGAAGCACUGGGUACAGGCGAUCCUAAUUUGCGCUUUCUUCUCUUCGUUCCCGACCACCUUAUCACCAGAUGUUCAGAUUCCAGUGCAGAUGAUGACCAAGUAGAUGAGAAUGGGAUUGAAGAUCAUUCGAGCAUUUACAGCAGUAGUAAUCUUGAAGCAAUGCCUCCUGUGAAGAUGACGAAAUUAGAUGAAGAGGAGUUGGUUAAAAAUGACGACGACGAAGAGGAUCUUACACACAUGGUAGCUGCUUGCGCAUGUGUUUGGGAGAUAAUAUUACAGAUGAAUAGUGAGGAGUCAAUGGGCAGAGCUGUAAAGGACUGCCAUCUUCCACGCCCCUUACCUCCCCUCCUCCAUCCCCUGCGAACACAAAUCGCCACAUGGCUGGACAAUCUCAGAGAUGCUUGUAGUGGUAUUUCAACGGUGACGGAGGGAGGAGAUAUUUCCGCGGACAUUGAAAUGCGUCAAGUAGUGCAUGCUCUCUCGUGGUCAGAAUUCAUUAUCACUCUCAAUACCUAUUCCCCCGUAGAAAAUUACCCAAUCACUCGAAGUGUCGUGGCGUCAUUCUGGUUGCCGAGCAAUGUUCCUGUGCCAGGUAUUGGUGGUGGUCUUCCUCUGGACAAUGGACCCUUUACUCUGCCGUAUGGAUUGACUGGGGCUGGACGUCGGAAACCCCUUUCCAACCGCUUCAUUCAAAAAAUGUCAAUUCAUCUUCAGCUCAAAUUUUGCAAUGAAAUGCUACAAAAGCUAAGUGAAAAUACCAAGCCUCUCUCUAUGGAAACGAAAAACGCUCAUCUAACUUCACCGGCCACCUUGGAAACUUUCGGUCGAUUUCUUUCCUAUCAAAUGGCAAAGAAAGUUAUUCCUCUUCGUGAGAUCUAUCGCCGACUUUUGGUGGAAAGCAAAUCAUUGAAUAUUCCUCUCUACCACGAAAAAACCGAAUCCGACAACACCGAUGACUGUCACCCACCAGUGAGAGACGAUUUUUACUGUCUUACGUUUUGGUUUGACCUUUUGGGCCAUCGAUGGAUUGAAGCAUUGCCUGUGGAACAUCGUCUUCGAUACCGUGACGAGCUUUUUCUUCGAGUGAACCUAAACUCACAUGAGCUUAUCUAUGCGUUGGAUUGGAUCAUCGUUCGAUUUUCGAGACGUAUUCUUACCCCUGACUGCGUACUCUACAAUAUUCAAUGUGUCUCUUUCCAACAGCAGGAAUUUCUCCCUUUGCAACCUCUUCAUCAUCACCAGCAGAUCUAUUCACAUUCGCGAGAGAUUACUUCUCGUGUAAUUUUAUUUUCAACUCUACAAGCCUCCUGCGCCUAUGAUCUGAUUGAAGAGGAGCCUCUUGUGCGUACCAAAGUCGAUCAGUUGACGACAGUACGGGCAGAAACCCGUGCGAUUUUCGGUGAAGAGGGCAACCAAUUUAAAUUACCCGCUGUCAUAGCGCGCUUAAUGGAUCUUUUACCCCCAUCUGCCACUCAGGUCCUCCUUCCUCCUUUGCAGUCCUCACCUUCAUCUCAACCGCCACCUAUUUUUCUGUCAGAAACCACAUCUAUGGAUUCUUCAAAUGAGUCAUCAGAGAGUCUUUACUUUUCUCUUCGCGAGCGUCUUCUUAUCUCUGCAUAUGACAUUUAUAAGUCUCUAUUAUCAGAUUCCGAGAAUGACUUCAAGUGGGCUGAAUUGAAUAUUCAAAACGAGCGUAGUUUCUGUACCAUUCUCAUCGCCAUCGUAAAAGGCAAAGGACCUAUUCCACUCUUUUUGCUAAACAAUCUCUUGCAAAUGUCACCAGCGCUCGUGCAUUCUCAAGUUAAAGUGUUGUGUGAAUUUUUGGUUACUGAAGUGUGCAAGUUUGAUGAGUUUGAUCGGGGCAAUCUUCCCACUCCCGACCAUAUCUUCUCACCAUCAGUGGUAGGUCCUUUCUUUCGAUAA